CUCACAAAAGCAACAUGGAGUUUUCGUCUCGGGCCAAGAGCAAAAGUCCCGGCCAGGAGGUGUGCUUCUCCGAGGAUCCCACCCUCAACCACAUCGUGAACGAGGUGACGGCCUCGCAGCUCACCAAGUUGUCACUGAGCGCGUCCGGGCAGGAGGACUUCUACGAGCGAGCGAAGAAAUACUGGUCCUCCGUUCCGCCCACGAUAGACGGCAUCCUCGGGGGCUUCGCCGAGAUCUCCCCGCGCGACAUUCAGUCAUCUAGUCAACUCCUCGGCCACAUCUUCCGCCUGAAGCCGCGCCCCGGCCGCAGCCGCGCCCUGGACUGCGGCGCCGGCAUCGGGAGGGUCACGAAGCACCUGCUGCUGCGCUCCUUCGACACAGUGGACCUCGUGGAGCAGUGCCCGCAGUUCGCCGCCCAAAUCCCCAAGUACGUGGGCCCCAGUGCGAAGCUGGGCGAGAUCUACACCCAGGGAUUGCAGGAGUUCACGCCGGCCGAGGGCAAGUACGACGUGAUCUGGACUCAGUGGGUUCUUGGUCAUCUCACGGACGACGAUCUCGUGGCGUUCUGGCGCCGCUGCGUGCACGGCCUGGCCAAGAACGGUGUCAUCGUGAUGAAGGAGAACGCAGCGUCGUCAAACGAAGUGGAACUGGACGCCGAGGAUUCCUCCGUCACGCGGCCGCUGAAGCUCAUCCGACUGCUGAUCCGCGAGGCAGGACUCCGGGAGAUUCGCAUCCAGAGGCAGGAGCAGAUGCCAAAAGGCCUCUUUCCCAUCUACAUGAUCGUCAUGCGGCCAAAUACCCACUGAAUCUCGACAAGACUUCCCUUCACAGGCCCCAAAAUCGAUCAAUAAACGGAAUAAACCGCAGUGAUUCAUCAAACGGAGUUGAUUCUC